AUGUCCAUCAAGUCACAAAAAUCAUUGAACGACGAGUGUUCCGAGAUAUUCGAGAAAAGUUAUUCUGUGAAAAGUGGCUCAGUGGAAAGUUUAUCCUUCUCAGACGAUGAAGACAGUCUGUCUACUGAGCUCCUGCAGCAGCUAACGCCGAGUGUGAUGUGCAAGCUGAGGAAAUACUUCAAGAAGGCCAAACCCAACGCCAAUGGGAUCGACAAACGCGUGGAGGAGGCGGUGCGGGCGGCGGCGGCGGAGGAGGGUGUGGAGUUUCCGGCGGACAGUCCGCGCGGGGAGGACCUGUACAUCGACCACCAGGGGUUUAUAGACGCACUGCACGAGAUAUUCGGCAGCGGCCACUACGCGGGUCACGCGCGGUCCCUGCUGUCGUGUCUGGACCCGCUGGGCGGCGGGCGCGUGCGGUGGUCGCGGCUGGUGGCGCGGCUCGGGGCACGCGACGCGACGCGCGACAAGUGGCAGCCCGCGCCGGAUCCGACGGUCAUCACGCUUAAACACUGCAUGCGCGAGACCCUGGUGCGCCUGGUGAGCAUCAGCUCGGGAGCAUCGUUCUGCUACGCGGCGGUGUCGCGCGGCGGCCGCGUCGCGCUCUACUCCGCCGAGUUCGCCCUGCUGCACUCCUACGAGAUCUUCUACGACAGGACCGGCGUCAAGCGCCGAGUCAAGAACUCCUGGAUCACCGACGCCGUCUACAUGCCAGACGUGCAAUGCGUGUCGUACACCGCGUCGGACCGCAGCGUGACGGUGUACGAGGCCAGCACGCCCGCGCACGCGCCGCUUCACUGCAUCACUGGUCUACCUCAUAUACCCACGUGUCUGGCGUACCGUCCCGCCCUAUCCGCCAGCGACUCGUGCUCGCUGGUGAUGGGCGGGGAGCGGGGGGAGGUGGCGCGGGUCCAGUUCCGCCGCCCGCGCGCCGCCCUGCUCCCGCAGACUACCACCGACCGCAUCAACAUGUACUACUGGAUGGAGCUGUCCUCACCGGCGCUGUCAGCAUACGUUAGCGUGAGCUCGUGGCGGGCGCACGCGCGCGCGGUGCGGCGGCUGCGGUGCGAGCGGGACGGCACGAUGUUGUCCUGCUCGCACGAUCCACGCGUCAGCAUGCGCCUGCGCCGUAGCGCGCUUCUACCGGAUUACGUGUAUAGUGUGCCUAGGGGUGUGACCUGUUUCCACGCGGUAAUGAGUCUGCGGCUGCUGGCGACGGGCAGCCCUGACGCCGUGCGCCUGUGGGGCACCACAGGUGGUUCAGCGCACGCGGUGCUGUCGGUGUCGUCGCCGGCGCUGGACGUUGCCAUCCUGCCCACACUGCAGAUUGUUAUCGCCUUCUGCGCUAACAUGACGUUACACAUCUGGGAGCUGUACGAGGAGCGUCACCUGCAGUCAUUGCGGCUGCGGUUCCCGUUCCUCGGCGCGCUCGGCAAGCGGGUCGAGUUCGGCGUCCACAGCUUGCAUCCUGGUCCACCGCGAGGAGAGCCAGAUUCGAACCCAGAAACGGAAGACGAUGAGAGAUAUGAAAUCUCGUUUGACGGCGGCGGUCGCAGCUCGGUCCUGGUGAGCGCGUGCGACAGCGUGGCGGUGGUGUCACUCCGCCCGCCCUCCGCGCCGCCCCGCCCCCCGCCCGCACACACUCUGCGCGCCCGCAGACCCUCAUACUGGGACCUGCCGCCUGACUGUCAUGAUGUACCACCGUGCCGCCCGGAGCCGCCCUCAGUUUACCCGACCGCUGCUGGCCAGGCGUCCCUGACUGCUCCUCCCCUGGAAUCCUCCCCUGCAUCCUCGGUGGAGUCUCCCACAGAGGACAAGCCGACACACGACAUAGAUGACUUGUUGGAGAAAGCUGGUCUGGGUGACAUCCUGCGUGCGGACUUCGUGCGUGCGGCGGGGCUGCGGCACGACCUCAACGCCAAGUUGCACGACCUCGCCGCCAACAUGGACAAUAUGCGGUGUAUGGUGAGUGCGGGCGCGCCGUUCCUGGCGCUGCGCAGCGUCCCGCUUGCACCGCUGCCCGCCCUCGACCGCCUGCGCGCACGCACCGACCGCCUCGUCAGGUCGUACCCGGACAGUUCACUAGGCACGCCGCACAGCGAGCGAUCCACGCCGCGGUCGCACGCUCGCUCGCCGCGCUCCCCGCGCUCCCCGCGCCCCCCGCGCUCCCCGCGCUCGCCCGCACACAACUACUUCAUGUGAAUAUAGCAGAGACUUUAUACUGACUGUCCAUGUACUGACGAAUAAUUUUAACAGCAUAUGUAACAUAUUUUGUAAAGUUCAAAAGACUGAAUUAGACAUGUGAAUUUGUUACGGCAAUAUUAUGAUAUUGUAACGUAACACCCAGAAAUUAAUUAGGCUUUUGCUUCCAUAGAGUUUCCUUAACAUGCCGUCUUCACUGUAGUCUCUGAUAUAGUUGACUCUUAGUCGAUGGCAUAAGGCUUCCUAUUCUUUCCUUUUUUACAAGUCACGUAAAAUUGUACAAGCGAGAUAUCAUAAAGUACACUAAUUAAUUAUAAUGAUUACAAUAAAAUCGGUUUGUGAUGUUCGAAAUCUGGAUAUAACCGGUAUCGGAGAAUAACAUCUUAUCGAGUCACACUGAUCAAAUAAUGACUGAUAUUCUAAUUUAUAUAAAUGCGUACUAAUUGUUAUUCAGUGUUAACAAUGCAUCUUAUGUAACAGUCAAUUAUUAUGACUUAUGAGGAACAGCGUAACUUAUCAGGAAUUGCUAUAAUUCAAAAUAAUAAUAGUCGAGUUCUAGACGAUGGAUGGUGCGACGAUGCUCUACCAUUAAUUUCAUAACAUUUUUAUUUUUUAAUAAUAAUAUGUAUAAGA